AUGCGUUCGCCACAAUCCUUCAGCCCCUCGCCGCCCACCUCCUUGGUGCACCCGCGCGCCCGCAGGAACAUCUCCGACACGCUGACUCAGCUGCUGCUGUCCCACAACGAUUUUGAGGGUGACCUGUCGGCCCUGGGCAGCAGCCACCUCAUGAUCGUGUCUGUCAACGACAACCCAAAGCUGUGCGGCAUGGUGCCUGCAAGUGUGCGCUACGCCAAGGGCUACAACCCCGCUAAGACGCGCCUGGGGCAGCCCUGCUAG